UCGCUCCCCAAGUCUUCAUCAUGGCCGCCGUUCGCACCGCGCGCCUCGCGUCCCAAUAACCGUGUUCAAAGUGUCCAAAAUAUGUUAUAGUGCACAACAGUGUCUGUUAUUUCGUGUCGAAGUGCCGUCUAGUUCUUUGCAUGAUUGACCGGCAUGGCGGGGACGGCCGGGACUCGCCGGCCAGCACCGAGCAGCUAACAAAAUGCGAAAAAGGCGCCGGUACGCCCGACUGCGUGGCGGCGGGCAGCCGGCUGCGCGGGAGCAUGGGCUCGCGGCCGCCUGCGCGCUUCUGGCCGCAGCUCUGGGCCACCACCGUGCGGAACCUGCUCCUAAAGAAAAGGGACACGAGGAAGACCUUGGCUGAGGUGCUAGUGCCACUAUACUCACUGGGCGUCCUAAUAUUCCUGAAGAUGCUGGUACCGAACCCCAACUUUCCUGAAGUCACCAAGCCGGGUCGGACGGUCCGGGUGCACUAUGACGCUUUCCCGGCGAACCACUCCGUCGCUGUUGUUGCUGAUUGGCUUAACGAUAAUGGGACUGUGGCUUUCCUCGAAGAGUUAAAUGAAAUGCUGCUAGAGUCCCAUCAGCAGCCAAUCCGAUGGGUGCGCUACAAUAACACUACCGAGCUGAAUGACGCCUACCACAGCGACGCCAAAAACUUCCCCAUCGCAGUCAUAUUCCAUACGGAUCCAACUAGCUUCGGGGAAACACUUAGAUACACGAUCCGCACAAACCCCUCAAACUUCGGGACCCCUUCAACAAGAACCCUCUACACAUCCGACGCGUUCUGCCGCGAGGCUCCUCCGAAAGGCGACUGGUCAUCCGACUGGUCGCGCGGAGGGCAGCUGAUACCGCUGUCGGAGAUGCAUAGCGAGGAUACGUGUCCGGUGUUGCAGUAUUACUAUUCCGGGUUCUUGGCGCUGCAGACUUUGAUCGAUUUUACGAAGAUUAAGUUGGACACCGGCACUCCCUUCCCCCCACCCCGCGUAGACCUGACCCAGUUCCCCAAACGCCAGCACACCGGCGACUGGCUGGUCAUCUUCCGCGUCAUCAUGCCCAUGUACAUGGUGAUGACCCUCAGCCAGUUCAUCACGUACCUGCUCAUGUUUGUGGUGGGAGAGAAGGAGAAGAAGAUCAGGGAGGGAAUGAGGAUUAUGGGGCUGAAGGAUUCUGUUUACUGGGCCUCAUGGUUCUUGAUCUACGCUGUCUUCGUAACCAUCUUAUCAGUCUUCAGCACUGUUCUGCUAUUUGCUCUAAAGGUGUUCCAACAUUCGUCGUACAUCCUAAUCUUUCUUCUGAUGCUGCUGUUCGGAUUCACGAUUAUCACCUUCGCAUUCAUGCUCACGCCAUUCUUCGAUAAGGCUAGGACGGCCGGUAUUCUGGGUAGCUUCGCAGUGAACCUGAUGAGCGGCCUCUACUUCAUCCAAGUGUUUGUGCAAAACGCCGACUCCCUCGCCUUCUGGUUCGUCUCCCUCAUCAGCUCCAGCGCUUACGCACUGGCUAUGGAUAAGGCGCUAGUACUAGACAUGCAAGGACAGGGCGUGACAUGGGACAGUCUCUGGAGCGGACCUGGGGUGCCAUUUGGCGGCAGUCUCAUCAUGAUGGCGGUGGACACUGUGCUCUACGCCCUCAUAGCUUAUUGGCUGGAUGCAGUGAUGCCCAGUGAAUACGGUAUAAAGCAGAAACCUUGGUUCUGCUUGCUACCCUCCUACUGGCUCGGCAGUAGGCGUGGGCGAGUGUCCGCCGUGCACUUCCACUCUAACGGCGACACGCUACAUAAUAAGGAUAUUGAGCCUGUGCCUAGAGAACUCCAAGACAAAGAAGCCAUUCGCAUCGUUGGCCUCCAGAAGUCCUUCCGUCACUGCCGCAGACCAGAGAUCAAGGCCAUCGACAACAUAGAGCUGAGCAUCUACGAGGGACAGAUCACGGCGGUGCUGGGGCAUAACGGCGCGGGGAAGUCUACGCUGUUUAAUAUCUUGACGGGACUGACAGCUCCGACUGCUGGGACGGCGUAUGUGUAUGGAUUGGAUGUUAGGGACCCCAAUGACAUGCACGAGAUCCGGCAGAUGAUUGGCGUGUGUCCGCAGCAGGAUGUCCUGUUUGAUCUGCUCACAGUACGGGAACAUCUCCAAUUUUUCGCUGCCGUUAAGGGUAUACCACGCAAGCGUCACAACGAGGAGAUCAGCAAAGCGAUGGGAGACGUUGGUCUCUCAGACCAGGCCAACGUGUUCUCCAAACACCUCUCUGGGGGACAGAAGAGAAAGCUUAGCAUCGCCAUAGCUUGCAUAGGGGAUCCCAAGAUAAUAAUCCUGGACGAACCAACAGCAGGCGUGGACCCUGUGUCUCGUAGACAAACAUGGCGGAUCUUGCAGCGGGCCAAAAAGGGGAAGGUUCUCCUCUUGACCACGCACUUUAUGGACGAAGCGGACAUAUUGGGGGACCGGAAGGCGGUCAUUAGUAAAGGCAGGGUGAGAUGUGCUGGCACAUCAUUGUUCCUGAAGAAUAAAUUCGGUAUUGGAUACCACCUCACUUUAGUAUUAGAUGGAGCGUGUCGUGAGCACCAAAUAACGCGGCUGGUCCGCGGACACGUGCCCCGAGCCGAAAAAGCACGCAGACACGGACGCGAGCUAUCCUACAUCCUUCCUCACUAUGCUGUUCAUCUAUUUCCACCUCUUUUCCUCGCUAUCGAGCAGGAGAUACGGGAGAAGACAAACAGAUUAGGAGUAACAAGUUACGGGGUCUCCAUGACAACUCUAGAAGAGGUGUUCCUAAGUUUGGAAGGCGAGAACGCUGAAGAAAUUGAGGCGGUGGAAGGAGUGUCGUCAGUCAAGCUGGUCCGAGCUCGUGCGCUAUCCAGGAGCUUAUCUUUGCAAAGCAAGACAUUGAGUUAUCAGGAGCUGAACGACAAAGACAACCAGAAGGCGACGUCACUACCGACGCCUGCGUCGCAUGCUUUGCACUCGACCACGCAUGGCGUAGAACAUGUCAAGGUCACUCCCGAAGCUCCAAUCUCAGUAGACACCCUGGGUGACGUGGUGAAGACGAACCCCUCUUGCUGGCGGACGUUCUGCGCAUUAGUGUACAUCCGAACCGUACGGAUGAUCCGUGAUCCGUACAAGCUUUAUGUCAUGAUCUUCAUGCCUAUUAUAUCUUGCGCUCUCGGUCUCUACAUCAAAUCGAAACAGAUAGUAUUCUUCAGGAUGCAGCCAUUAAAAUUGGAUCCUUAUGCUUACCAAAAUAAGACUCCAAUUGCAUUGUUCAGCGAGCAAAACAAUACCAGAGACCUCCUUGAUUUGAGGAGUUCGUUGGAAGUUUUAGGAGCUACUCCGAUUGGAGGCUAUGAUGGCAACUUCUCAAGUUUGCUUAAAAUGGAGAACAUCGGAGCUUUCAGCGUAAGAGACAGCGUGAUCCCGUAUGGGAAAAUAAUGGCCUACUACAAUACCACCCUGACACACGGCCUGCCAAUCAUCAUUAAUCUGCUCGACAAUAGUAUAUUUAGAAUCCUGAUGCACACCUCCGGCCAGCCAGAGAACUUCAGGCCAAUCGAAGUGUUCGCUCACCCAUUCCAACAGACGGAACAGCCGGAGGAAUUCAACUUGGGAAAUCUGGUCUGCGCCAUCUUCAUGGGAAUGAUCUUCGCGUUGGUUCCUGUCACCCUGGCUGUGGACAUCGUGUAUGAUAGAGAGAUAAAAGCCAAGAACCAACUACGAGUGAACGGGCUGUCGAUGAGCAUGUACUUUCUCACGUAUUUCACUAUCCUGAUCUUCAUUAUGAUUGUAACGAGCAUCGGUGUUUUGCUCUUGGUGAUCCUCAAUGACAUUCCAAGCCUAACCAACGGCUCAGCCAUCACGAUGCUAUCCUUCCUGCUCGCUCUCUACGCGCCGUCAGCCAUUUUGUUCAACACGUGUCUCUCAUACGUGUUCGACAAGAUGGACUCCGCGCAGAGCAUCAUGCCCAACAUAACUACGUGGGUCGGCGUUGUGCCGUUCGUGCUCGUUGCUGUUGUUGAAAAGUUCACCAGAGGCAACGACGUGGCAUUCUGGCUGCACUUCAUAUUCAGUUUCCUGAACGUCUUGUACAUACCGUACGCCAUCAUCUACUACGUUGAUAGGGUGUACGUGACAUGCAACUUACGCGGUCUUUGCACCACUCCAGCACUAUGGAGUUACUUCACAGCGGAGAUCUGGGUGUUGAUCGUGGCCAUGGUGUUCCAUGUUCCUGUCUGCGGGGCUGCGUUACUGGCAGCUGACCGGCUCAAGUCCGGCGGACGACUCUGCAAGAAACGGGCUAGUGAACCUCAAGAGCCCCCCGACCCUGAAAUAGAAGCAGGGGGCGAAGCGGGGGAAGAUGAAGACGUGAGACGCGAGCGGCGUCGGGUCGCCGCCAUCUUGCAAAACAAGGGCAAGGCGGCGCCUGCGCUGGUGGUGCAUAAUCUCCGUAAAGAGUUCAAAGUUCGCGGCACGGGUGAAGCAUCGUGCUGCGGGCCGAGCGACGUGCCGGCGCGCAAGGCCGGCGUGGCGCGCCUCAGCCUCGCCGUGGAGGGCGGCGAGGUGUUCGGGCUGCUGGGCCAUAAUGGCGCCGGGAAAACUACUACUAUGAAGAUUAUUACGGCUGAGAUCAGGCCGACAUGUGGUUCGGUGAUGCUGGGUGGCCAGAACGUCUGUGACAACGCAGCGUCAGCCUUCCAGGUGCUCGGCUACUGUCCACAGCAUGACGCUCUGUGGAAGAACGUCACCAUACGUGAGCAUAUUGAGUGCUACGCGGCCAUUAGAGGUGUCAGCAAGUCUGAUAUACCCAAGAUAGUAGACGCAUACCUAAACGGUCUGCAAAUAAUGGAGCACGCGAACAAAAACGCCGAAGAAUGCUCGGGCGGCACGCGGAGGAAGCUCUCAUUCGCGUUGGCUAUGGUUGGGGGACCGAGAGUGGUCCUGCUGGAUGAACCUAGCACGGGCAUGGACCCUAGGUCUAAGCGGUUCCUGUGGAACACCAUCCUGGCCAGCUUCCAGGGUAAAAAGGGUGCUAUUCUUACAACACAUUCCAUGGAAGAGGCUGAUGCUUUAUGUUCUAGAGUCGGGAUAAUGGUUAAAGGUGGCCUUAGGUGUAUUGGUUCGACGCAACAUCUGAAGAAUUUAUAUGGGGCUGGUUACACGUUAGAAAUGAAGAUUGGACAGCCGUAUCAGAAAUCGGUGCUAGAAUCAGAGUCACUGUCGCCUUCCCCGCUAAGGUCGACAGAGAAUUCUCCGUCAUUGGGAGAGGCCGAUGAAGGCAACUCACGCACGGGGUCGAUGUGCGCGGAGGGAGCGGAAGCGGAGGCGGAAGCGGAAACCGUGGACGUUAGCAUACACACGCCAUUGGUGGCUGGCACGCCAAUGCGACACCAAACACACCAAAGGAUGGAAUCCUCAGGGGGUGUGAGCGCAGAAGCCUGCGUGUCUCUCGUGAACCAGUUGUUCCCGGCAGCAGUUCUGGAAGAGAAUUUCGCGGACCGUCUUGUUUUCUCCGUGCCUCAAUCAUCAGUCUCCAGUUUAGCUCGCUGCUUCCAGCAGAUUGAGGAAGCAAAAGAAAAAUUGAACAUCGUAGAGUACAGCUUCAGUCAAACGACACUCGAGCAGGUGUUCCUCAAGUUCGCGCAGUCGGAGAGCCACGACAGAGACGCAGACCAAAAGGCAGAUUAGGGCUAGUUAUUCCGAAACACAGCUGGCAACACUGACAUAAAGUCUGCUUAAUGUUAGCUUAAGCCUGAUAUACAUGUUUGCCGAGAUUUGCCAAGCGUCAAGGACGCAGCUAUGUGGUGGAAUGAGAUAGCAAUAACGAUUGCUGCUUCUAACGCAUAACUACGUCUCUAACGCUGGCAAGUCUCAGCACGCAUGUAAACCAGGCUUUAUAGGUAUUGCAACCAGGUAACAUACUUUUUUUUAAAUAUGUAGGUAAACAAAUAAAAGUUAAUCGGUUCUUUGGCGAAUUAAAUGCCGUUGAUUACUCUGGUUUUGUAUCAUUUGUUCAAUGGCUAAGCUAUGUAGUUUUGUUUGUUGACUUUUUUUAAUGACGAAAACAUUUGUUGUCUGGCAAUACCUAUGAAAGAGGGAAAGUCCUUGUAUUAAAGGGAAGUGGUGAAGGCUGGAUACGAACCGGCAUAUCUAUAACGCUGUGAGCCCCUAGGCCGCUCCGCCACGGAACCAGUCCCAAUUUCUCGGGUAUAUGCCAACUUAGUAAGACUAGGCGCCUUUGAUCAACUCUAAGGGCGAGCAGUACGUGCUUGCAUCUCCUAUACGAGUCUCUGGUAUUACGAUAUAGUGAGAGAAAUUGGUGCUGCCAUCUAUACACAACUUUGGGAACAAAUCCAAUAAUUUUUAGUAGGCCUUCGCCACUGGAGGACUUCGUCAGUUUUCUUUAAUAUAUGACAUUUAUUUUAGUUUAUUAUUUAUAUAUAGUAGUGUGAGUGUGACUACUUAAAAAAAUACAAAUCAAAAUAUUUGAUAAAAAUUAUUUAAUUUGUUACCAAAGUUGUAUAUAGUGGCAAUCCCAGUGAUAUUUUAUUUCGAGCGUGUAAUGAGAACCUUAGAACAAUACGAUUACAGUAACAUCUGGCCAAAUUUCUUUCACUGAACAAGCGCUAAAUAAAAUAAAAAAAAUAGGCUGGCAACUUCCCGAGCUUUAUUUUUUUUUACUUGCCGCCUUUGGAUAUGGUCCAAACGUAAGCUUAAAUACAUUUUUUUGACUGUAAAUGAGUGUUGCCAGUUGUUUAGGUCGGUCGGUGUUAAAAUAUGGAUAAAAUAUUAGUCUAAGAGCGAUGGUGAGCGAUGUUAAAGCUUUAUUUUAUUUGUAAGCUGUUUGUGGCUGACUAUCCUUAAGGAAAUCGUAAUAUUUAUGUGAUAUUAUCCAUGGAAGUAUUCGUAAGGUUCGUUUAGUAGUUUUUAGUAGUUUUUUUUUAUAAAUCAUGGAAAUAGAUGACACAAAUGACAGUUUAAUUUACGCUUUAAAAGGUAGAGGUAAGUCGAGUCCAAGUUUUUGAGCUUUUGGAGGACUGUAUUAUAAAAAAAAUGCAUCAAAUAUUUUUUUAUGUUAUUCUUUUUGUGGGUUUUAGGCUUUUUGUAAGUGUUUCCAUUUGAUGAGAGAAUAUUGUAUCUAGUCGUGUUAGUAAUAUCUAGGUCGAAGUGACUUGUGAUUUUUUUAUAAUUUAAUACUUUUAGUAGCCAGUUUUAUACAUAACAAAGUAGACUUGUCGCAUUAUGUUUGUUUUAUGUGACUUUAGAAGUUAUUACCAAUUUAAAUCUGCUUUUAUAAUAAGGAGUAAUAGGUACAUUAAUAUGCCUAUCAAGAUUCCUUUUUUCUAAGUCUCGUUCGUACUUAUAAUAUAUAGACUAGGUCAUAAGUCACAUAUAACAGAUAUAGUGUAGUAUAUGUAAAUACGUAUAUAAAUAUAUCACCAGUACAUACGGUCUAAUCAUAGAGAAAUAAGAAGUACAUAGAGUGCUCACUCCGUACAUCAGUUUUGGUACCAAAACGCUUAUUAUUUUCGCAGUCGACAUCUAGCAGCGACAAUAGAUGUCGCGGCAAACAAAAAGUCUAAUGCUCAUCGAUUUUCCGCUAAUAUUAUAACCAGAGUAACCGCAACUCUAUUUUCAACUCCUACGCGACUACGAGUGGCAGUACUGAGAGUUCCGCUACUUGACGCUAGAUGUAGACUACGAAAAUAAUAGUAUUUUUGGUAACAAACCCGUGUAUGGAGUGAGCACUCUUGGUCUUCUUAAUUCUCUUUGGGUCUAAUAGUGCCUAUGGGCAUUUUCGUCAGUCCCAAACUUAUAUGAACAACUUGUUUGUAUAUUUUGGCGCUAAUAUGUAGUUGAAAUAAAUGUUCACCAGUACAUAUAAUUAUGUUUAAUUUAUGUGAUGUUGUUUGCUAGUCAGGAAUUAUGUAUAUAGCUUAUGUACAUAAUUCCGAGUCUCUAAGGAAUACAUAAUGUUUACAAGUUCGGAUAUUUCAAGAAUUACCUAACCGACCUUUUCAUAUUUCGAAAAUUAAUUAAAAAAAAACGGUUGUCUGUAAAGUCGAUUUACUGACGAUAGUUGAACGUGACAACGUCAUAAGAAAAUACUGAUGGAAUGGUUUCAUUUUUCAAAAGAAAAUUUUAAUUUUAUUUGUUUGAUAGAUAUUUUGUAUCGAUAUAGAGAAGGAGGUAAAUGGAAAUCACAAUUGAAUUGAUCAAGUUAAAUUUAUUUGUACGCAUAAAUACAAUUGCUGCCGAACGCGGAGGCCGAUUGUGCCUCUUUGUCGCUCGUUGCGCGCUCUCGCUUGCACUUCAAGCCUUAAAUGGAACGCCUCAGAGCGAGGUAACGCCACAUGAAUCAUGUUUUUUCGUGCGUACAGCCGGCUCCAUCGAAUUAUAAGACGUUGUCACGUCAAUAAAAUUCUUUAAUAAUAUCAAAACUGCCUACAUUCAAAUGAUGAUAAUAGAAAAAAACUAUACUUAAUCAUUAAUUUUGGCAAAAUUGUGUGUUCCUAUAAAGACAAUUUUUUUCUCAGAUUAGUUUUAACACAGAUAUCAUGUAUAUUUCUAAUGUUGAAAUUGUCGUAUAAUCCAUAGGUACGUUAAUACUAAACUAUUCCAAGAAUAUAAUGGAAUGACUGGGAUGUAAAUUAGGUAUGGGAUAUAUACUAUAUAGUGUUUUUUUAAACCCUUAGACCCUUAUACUCGUAUAUAGGUCAUACUUAGCAACUAUUACCGAAAAAUCACGAAAAAAUAUUAUAUGAACAGUCAUGUUGGCUAAUAAACUACUGUUCCCACAGUUAAGUUGUUGAGUACGACCUAAAUACUAACCCCCUUAUUCAUAAACGGCGACUGAAGUUAAUAAGCUGCUAAAAAUCGUUUGUCCCUUUCCGACGUUUUGAUAUGAUGGAAAGGGACAAACGAUUUAGCGGCUUGUUAACUUUAGUAGACGUUUAUGAAUAAGGGGGUAACUAGCUACGCAAAAUUUCGUUAACGGUUAAAAACAUUCUGUAUGAAUUGGACACCAAAACACCUACAAGUGCUUUUAGCGAGGGGAUCCUGGCCAGCGUAUUUAAUAGUACAUUACGAUACAAGUGCGAAAAAAAGGAAAUUCGAAACGAGUGGCAAUAAAUGAAAACACGAUCGAAGGGAGUGUUUUAAAUCGACACGAGUUGCGAAUUACCUAUUCGCACAAGUAUCGUACAACGUUUUACAGUACAUAUGGCCCUUUAAAUGUUCGACACAGUAACGUAAUAUGCUAAUAUUCGCACUAGUGCGGUAAAGUAGCACCAUAUGUACUGUAAAAAUAAUUAUUUUCACUACCUGCGCUUAAUGUUGCCAUAGUCAAAAAUAAUCCGCCUCAGGUUAGACGCCAAAUAUGGGAAAUGUAAUGAUGUGUGACAGGUACUUUGAUAUUAAAACACUGAAUCAGAUCGUUUUAGGUUAUUUUUUGAGCGUUUGCUCUACACAUCUUUUAGAACUAGCAGUAGAUUUUAAUUUGAUUUGCACACAGACGGAAAUUCAACAAAAUGAUGUGGUUGGUAUUUAUUUUAAAUCAAACCUCCAAAUUGUAGGUGUUCAUAGUAACUUUAGCUGCAGACCGUGAUGGAUGGCGCAAGCGUGUUGUGGAGCGGAGAAAGCUAUGCGACCAAGCCUGGUUUACUACGUUAGAUAGCAGAAGGUGUCGCAGAAAGCAAAUCGGGACUGGAACCUCAGGUGGCAUGAGCUUUCUCUGCCAAAAAUGUGGGAGGUCGUGCCGCUCACGCAUCGGCCUCCACAGUCACCAAACCCGUUGUCUAAACAGCAAUGCUUAAAUCGUCUGCAAUAGACGCAAAGGCCUGUGAUGAUAGUCGACGGCAAUUGGUUACUAUCAGGUGAUUCGUCUACUAGUUUGCCUCAAAUAUAAAAUAAUAUAACCCUUCAACUUAAAUUACCUUUUCAAAGUACUAUUUAAAGACCGCUUUCUUGGCAUGUUUCAUUGAAACUUUGUAAACAAUGUUUACCUUUGUUUUACUAUGAGUAGCAGCCUUAACGAUAACAUUAUUAUCUUAUCUAUAAUACAUUCUGACUUUCGCAGAAAUAAUUUAUGACUAUUAACUAGAACAUGUAAAUAUUUCACUUGAUUAAAUUUGGUUAAUGAAUGACAAUUUUUAUUUCAGGCAACUAGCGGCCCAUAGAUAAGUACCUCAAAAGUAGCAUACAUAUUAUGAAAAUAUAUUUGAAAACUGAACACUACGGAUCACAUGUUUGCGAUCAAGUUGCGAUACAUUAUGCAAACCGGCUGUGUCAUGCCGGCCGCGAAACCGCCGAAACUUGACACCCUUUGGCCAAAACUCUUCCUUGUUGUUAUUUCUAAUCGUGAGAGAUCAAAGAGAUUUCCUAGAGAGGUAAAACAAAGUGCUCCAAGUUUUUUAUUUCCAUUUCUGUACCAUUUGUCAUAGACUUUGUACGAUGGUAACGAAAUGGAAGGAUUGAAAAAUGUACAGAAAUUUGGGGUCACUUUUUUUCUCCUAUUGGUUAAGAGCUCGUGGUAACAUCUAAAUAACCAAACUAAGAAAAAAACACAGGGUCAAAAUUCAUUACGUUGUCUUGUUUUUUGUCCCCGAAAAAUAUGACGAAGGGUAGCUUUUUGUAUGAGAUGAAAUUUAGCUUUUAAAUUUUCUCAUGUUAAAUGUAUAAUCUACAGCUAAUAUAGGACAUGCAAUAGUACUCGACUUUUCUAUUUAUUUGAUAAAAUACAGAAAAACAAACUUGACAGAGUGGUCCAAAAUAUGACAUCAAAAAGAAUUUCGACCCAACCAUCGAUUUAUCUCUGGGUUUCGCCUAAAUACCUACACAUAUCACACAUCGUCGCAUUUUCCCAUAUUUACCACUUUCUAUAACGAAAUAUUGGCGGCAAUUUCUAUACAUACCUAUAGAAAAAUUAACUGUUUCAGGAGUGGUAAUGCUAGCAAAUAAAGAUAUCAUAAGCUCCAGAUAUAUACAUAUUUAUUAUGUAAGGUGAAGUGGGUGAAGUGCGCCAUGCCGUCUAAGUGCGCCUGCCUUGAAUAUAUCCAAAACUGCUUAUAGAAUACUAGCAAAGAAAAUUUGAAAUAGAGGUGGGUUGGUAAAGAAAACUUUGUAGCUACAGUAAAUUUACUGCCAUCUUUAGACACAUGCUUAAAACUUUUAGAACGCCAUUUGACUUUGAUUCUUAUUAUUUGACUGAUAUUUGUUAAAUUAGUUAAAUAUCAAACAGUGGCGCCAUCUUACCGCUAUCUUACUCAAAAAGAUGCCGCCAUACCUUUGACCUUUGAUCUAUUUGAUGGCGCCACUUUUUGAUAUUUAACAAAUUUAACACAUAUCAUUGAAAGGAUAGAUCAAACCCAAAUGGCGUUCUAAAAUUUUUAUCAUGUGUCGAAAGAUGGCAGUAAAUUUAUUGUGGUUACAAAAUUUUAUUUUACAAUCCACCUUUAUUUCAAAUUCUCUUUAAUAUUAGUAAUAUUACUUGUAGCUUGCAGUGUUAUAAGUAGUAGUAGUAUUACUAAUAUUUAGUAUUCAAUUUUACUACUUUUCGAUAUAUCCAAGGUCGCCCCCCUCACCUUACGUGAUAGGGGCUCCAGUAGAUAAGUAUUUAAAGAACAAAUUGUUUCAUAAUAUACUGAAAUUUUAUGAAAAUAUUAGUAACUUCUGAAGAAAAGAAACAACCAAAUAAUCGAUUUCAUGUUAGUUAACUUAGUUAAGACGUUAACAAUAACACUACGCGAAUGUAUUUUUGAAGAACACUAUAAGUAUGAAUGAUUAAAAAAAUUCAUAAUUUUUUUAAUAAUUUAGACAAAUAACUUAGUAAAUUAUGUCUAAGUUAAAAAAAACCUUUAUUUAUAUAAUUUAGUCUAAUGUACCUAAACUAAACAAAAAAGUUUCCGAGAAUUGGAGACAAGAAUCGUUAAUGUAAACUCUUCAGAAAAGCCAAUUAAGAAUAUUUAUAUAGAACUGACUAAUAUCAGGUUAUUCCGAUAGGUUUUGAGCGAGUUCAGAGUAACUUUCGUGAUUGGACUCGAAAGUCAAAAGUUAACUUUUUUCAAGGUUAAUAUAUACUUUGGCAAACCCAGUUUAUCAGUAGAAAAAGACGCGAAAUUAAAAUAAUCGAAAUGCAAUCUCCAAAUAAAAUAUUUUGUAGACAUUACGUCAUAAUUAUCUAAAAUGGCUUUUCUGUUGAUUUACAUUCCAAAACGAGGAAAAGGAGGACGUGUAAGAACGUUAUAGUUGAUAAGUAUAAAGUGCUUGACAAGAUAGCUAAGGUUUUUAUGCUUGUUUCACUCUGUUGAUAAUUUUAAACCGACGAUCUAGUCCUACAAACAAAAUCCUGAUACCUUGUUUCAAUGAAAUAAGGAGAUACAAUCUGAAUAUAGAGUGAGAUGGUAAUACUUAACUACAUAUAUUACUAUCUUAGUCCUCCUGAGAGCCAGAGGCAGUUUUUGAAUUUGGAACUCUUUUUUUACCGUAAAAAUGAUCAGAAUAGAUUGUGGAUUAUGUACAAAAAAUUGUACGUGUGGUCUUAGGAGGAUAAGAUUAAAUUUCCAAUGCUCUUUCAGACCUACUUACAAGAAAAGACCGCGAGUAGACCUACGUAUAAGACAGUAUUUAGGCAAUUUGGUGCGUCAAGAUCAAAGUCAUAUCUGAGUUUUUGGUGUAGAAUCUAGAUCGUCGAAGUGAAAUUAGGCUUUGCAUUCAACAUGGUCGCAACGUGUACGGGGGCAAUAUUUAAAGACAAUUGGGGAAUUAUAUAUUUACAUAAUCAAUUACAAUAGCUAUAUUAUCAAAAAACUAAGAAUUGGGGUGUGUUAUGGGGUUUUGUAUACUUGAAUAAUUACUAACAUUUUUUAAUAAAAAAGUCAGUUGACCAAACUUGUUAACUUGAUGUUCACUUCUUAAUGUUAGAGAUUAGGUAUAUAAAUUUCACUUUAUUUUUUUAUUUAAAAACGUGUUUCUUUUUAAUGUGAACCAGUCCUUAGCACUGUUAGUGAUUUAAAACUCUUUUUUAAAGCUAUCUAAAUAAAACAUGAGCGUACGACUAAAAAUAAAGAAAAAAAAUGUUUAAUACAUUUUUUACUGAAAUAUAACGUACCUUAAGGGGAUUUACUUUUAUUGUCAUAUAUACAAACUCCAAUUGUCUUUAAUAUUGAUUUGUUAUCAAUGUUUACUAUUUACUUGUCAAUGAAAUAUUUAAAUUUGUAGCUGGACGUAAAUUUUCGCUUAAUAUAAACAGAAAAAUUGUCUAAAAUUUGUUACGAUAUUAAAUAAAAUGAGAAAAUCACUCGGUCCAGAUAUAAAUUAUUAUAUACUUCAUAAUACGAUAUAGGACAUUGACAGCAUAUGUGUCAGGUCUCUAUAAAAGACUCAAGUCUCUAAUAAGUUGAAAAGAACUAGAGUUCCAACUUAAUUAUGAGUCUAAAAAACUGAGUGGAGUUGUAAAGCAGAGGACUCAAAGCACUUGAGUCUUAACCAAAACUACAUUUAUGUUCAGUUGCGUUGCAAGUUUCACGCGGCGCGCAGUCUCUUUGGAUUCCUUCUAAAUUGUGGCAGUAUGGUUGUAAUUUAAUCAUUUGUCCCCAUGCCUGUCACUUAUGUAAAUUCAAAACGUGCAUUUCAUUAAUUUCAGUGAUUGUACACUUUUGUUUGUGUUUGUCAUUCAUUCACGGUUACUUCUGUUUUACUCAUUUCCUCAAAGGUUAACUGGAAGAGAUCCCAUACAGGGAUAAGUUCGCCUUUGUUGUAUUUAAUUUACUCUGUAACUGUGUUUUUCGUGUUUUUAUUUCUAUGUACAAUAAAGUAUAUACAUGUAUACAUACUUGUUAGAACGUGACAGACAUGGUGACAGCCGUCACAGGCGAUAUAACUACGUGCUACACAGCCGCUUACAUUACGCCUCUUCUUUAGGAAGGACAGAAAAAUACUAUUAGAUAUUGAUUUAUUUUAUUUAUUUAAACUUUAUUGCACAAUGUAUGAAAAGUACAAAUAGCGGACUUAAUGCCGGGAGGCAUUCUUUACCAUUCAACCAUGGGCUAAACCGAGAGAUCUAGUUGGUGCAGGGUCUGAAUACAGUUAGAUAGAUUUUAACUUAUUUUUUAUCGAGGGAGCCGAGAUUUAGUUUGAGAAAUCAUUUCGUAAUAUUUUUCGAUUUUAGCAUUAAGUAUGUCAGGUUAUAUUAUAUAGUAUAUUCGAGAAAGAUAUUGAUGCUGUUAAUGUCCCGUCGUCUGUAUAAAAGCAAAACGCAGUAUCAACAAAUGUGCGCUUGGUUAAGUUUGGUUUGUGAAUUUUAGUCAAUUAAUUUAGAACAGAAUAAAACAACCGACACGUA